AUGGAAAAUAAUGAAAUCGCACAGAAAGAAUUAGUCAUCCAGAGACCCGACAAAUCUGCUGUGAAUACCGAUUUUCCCUGUUGUCUUAUUAAAGAGGAUGAGAUCUUAACAUUAAACUUCAUCAAAAUGAAAAAAAAAAAAAAAAUCUACAGGACAGCAGACAAACAAAGCUCUCCACACCACAAGACAGACUUGGUCACCUUUAAAAUCAAAACAACAGGAGGGCAGGGAAUACAAUACAUGAUGAAAAGCAAUGAACUGGGGAAAAUAGCUGAUUAUGUGUGUGUUUAUGCAUUCAAAGGAGAGGAAGUUAAAACUGCUCUCCUUCGUGAUGGACGAUUCUGUGAUAAAAUAUUCAAUGAAAAACACUGUGUUCUCUUUGAGGACAGUGUGUUGGGUAAUCAAACAAAAUAUGAAAUGUCCCACCUUGUUGAACAUCUUGACAAAAAGACAUUUCAGAUAAUUGCUAUCAGUCAAAAAUCAACUGCUGGCAAAUUAAAGGAACAAACCGAAGUCAAGAAUGAAUCUGAUGUAGCUUCAAACCCUUCAGUUUCAGCAAAAAAUGACCCAGAACAGAACCCCAUAAGCACUGAUCAAAAAAAUCUAAAAUGGGCGGUCAUUCCAGAAUCUACCGAGAUUCUGCAAAUUCUGCGUGAUCAGUUUGAAGAUUUACUGGAGAUUUUAAAGCAGCGAAAAACACUAAAUAACCCUCAGGCUUCCUACUUUGGCUUCUUACUCUUUGGGCAAUUUGUUCUAACUAACGCACAUGUUGUUAUGGACUGUCUUGAGUUGUUUGACAGACAUUCUCUUGCAAAGUCUUUAGAAGCAGCAUUUGACGUUGAACAUCCGGACGCUGAACGUCUGAACUCAGGGGUGAAACUGGUGCCGGUCAAGAAACGGCUUGCUGCUUACUGUUACAUAACAGACGCUAAUAAUGAUAGGAGGCUUGACUUUGCUCUUCUUGAACUAAACGAUGUUAGCGAAAUCAAAAGCCGUCCUAGAUUGCUCAGACAAUACAAAAAUGUCCCCCCUCCUAACUGUAGUGGGAUCUGCAUUGUGGGACAUCCAGAGGGUGGGAUCAAGAAAAUGGACCCCUGCUUCAUCAUUGAGAAUGUACCAAAGGCUGCAGAUGAACACGUCUCUAAGAAUGUCAGUUUCUUUCAGAUAAUGACACAGAAGAGUAUGGAAGAAAAAUGGGCUGUUUAUGAAAACCAGAUUACUUACAACUCUUGUUUCUUUUACGGAUCUUCUGGCUCUCCAGUGUUUGAUGAAGACUGUAAUCUGAUUGGUGUGCACACUGGUGGAUAUGUGUACCCAGGAGAAAAAGCUAAAAAUAGGAGCAUUAUGGAAUAUGCCUAUUCCAUUCAACCCAUCCUGGAUAAGAUCAGAGCACAGGCUAAGAUAAAACAUUUACAAGAGGUCAUCAAUCACUUAGACAACCCACAGCAAUAAGUCAGCGACAGCAGAGUAGAGGUCUGUGGGACCCGGACAGAUUUCUUGUGACACUGGAUUAAAUUUCUGAAUAAAACAUGGUAGCGGUCGGUAACUCUGGUGUAAUUUGAACGGGAGUGGACAGUCUAAAAAUAUCCAACCCAGUGUUAUGGAUCAACUGGGGCUGUGUGGUUCAUGUGAGCAUUUUUACAUCUCAUUCCAGCAGAUUCAUCAAAAGCGACUGGACAUUAC